AGCAUUCUUCAUCUCUUCUCUCCAACCAACCAACGAACGAACACACAGACUCGUUACUCUCUCUCGAGUAUUAUCUUCGCUGAUGGAGCCUGCACAGAUCGAUUGGAAGCGAAUCGAUUCUCGUUUUGUGGAAGACGUCUUCUACGAGCACAUCCGAGCUCCCAAAUGGUUCGACUUCUUGGCCCCUAACCAUUUAGAAGACUCCGUUGACGACGACGCUUGGUUCUGCAAAUCUGAUUGUAACCAUCCCAAGAGACCUGAGGACUUCUUCCAAACGCCUACUUCUUCCAAGCAUCCGAGUCUUAGGAAAACGAAUCAGACACCAGGAGGAUCUAGUACAGAGCAGAAGCAGAGGAGGAGGGGACAUGAUGAAGAGAGUGAGAACCAGAAUCCAAACUCAGCCACGCCUCCAAUAUCAUCAUGGCGAGCAGCACUUAAGUCAUCUUCCGCCAAGAAGAUGAGCAAAGAGACACCGAAGCUAAAGAGCACGCAAUCAGCCAGGAAUCUAUUCUCGGGGAGAGAUAUAUUUGGACAUAUCUCAGAGUUCUGCUACGAGCUGAAGAGAUUAGCCACGAGGGUAACUGAGAGAGGAGAAGAUACUACUACUGGGAAGGAGACUCUGACUCAUCAUCAGCCUUACUCUGUUCAUGAAUUGGAGUUGAAGAAGGAAAGAAAGCCGUUGCUGGAAGUGAGGAAAGAGAAGGUCCAUGAAUCCUCCACAAACACCUUUAAAGAGAACCGUAGAAGGAAGAAGAGAGUGGAUGAUGCGGAGAAUAUUCCUGUCUGUCUUAAUGUGGAGACUGUAGUGAAGAUGAAAGGAGAGGAGUGUAGAAGGAUUAAGAGAGUGGAUGAUGAUGCAGAGAACAUCCUUACACCUCUAAAGCUUGGUGGGAAUGUAAAGAGCAAAGGACAUGAGCGGUUACUGCAGCAAAUCAGAACAAACCCACCAUCUCCUCAGUGCUUCUCAGAGAACCGGACUGCUUCUUUGAAGGCCUUGAGUACCCCCAAACCUACGGUUGAAGAAGUGGUGAAGAGAAAGGAGGAAGAAGAGCAGAGCAGAGAGAGUAACAACAACAACAACAACAACAAAGAAGGGAGGGGCUUGGAUGUUCUCUGGUUCUUAAAGCCUUGCUCAAUGGCCAACUAAAAACUCUAAAAAGAAUUUUUACCAGAUACUUCUUCUUAUAUAUUUGAUUCAUUCUUUUGUUUUAAAGUUCAUUUCAUUUUUAAACUGUCACUGAUGAUCUUGCUCAGAGAUUCAUCAUGUAAUCCCGAGCAAUUUUGUAUCAUCAAUCUCACCUUUACAUACAAUAAAUAAAAGUUGUUUAAAUAAA